CAUGUUUUUACCACUAUUGAAGUUACAAAAAAUGACCAAAUUCAAAAAUGUGUAACUUGAGCAGUGUGUUCUUGCUAUUCAAAUGGCUCCAAUAAAAACUAAGCCUCUUGCUUUUGUCUUCCAGGUUGGCCAGGAUUUCACCAAGGUUCAGCAUUAAGUGAAGUUAAUACCAAAGAGUACUUAUACUGUAUAUCUCUAAAACUUAAUAUCUAUGAAUAUCCUUUCUGUAAUUGAGUAGAUACUCUGAUGGCAGUAGCCGCUGUGUCCUAUUGUUCUUGCCACGUGUCAGUGUCAACAGAGGAGCAUAAAGUGCACAACCGAAAGAGCAGAUGUGAGACAGGACCAUUUCCACUGCCUAAGAACCUGGCCUGGGGCAUAUGCUCCACUCUGCCAGAGAGGAGACAGGUCCAAAGAAACACGUCUGUUUACUACUUCACUCAAAUUAGAAACACUACACCCUAUUGUUCUCUUUUAAAGUACAGGGUGGGACCACUGGGAAGUCCAGACAUCAGACAAGGAUGUCACAGUGCAUGCGAUGUCUGGGACUGGGAGAGUAUAAGGUUCUGAGGUUGGACAGCUCCAGCUCCAGGCAGCAGUUUUCGAUUACACCGUUUUUUCCUUUUGUGGAAGAGAGAGAGGAGAUAAAUUGCCAGGCUCCACAUUGAAGCAGUCAUUCAACAACAGAUCUAACCAUGGAGUUCAGAAGAACCUGUUUGGUUUUUGGAAUACUCCUCCUGGUGAAUUGCUCAUUCCAGCAGGCUUUCCCUAUGAAGAAAACAGUUAAAAAAGAUGAAGGCAAAGAUGCAGCCAUAGAGAAGCUGCAGAAGCAGAUCAAUGACAUUGUUCAGGAUCUAAAUAUUAUGAAGGAGCAACAGGCUUUGCAGUCAGUUUGUUUGAAAGGUGUCAAGGUUCAUGGCAAGUGUUUCCUGGCUGAGCCUCUGAAGAAAAGCUACCACACAGCCUUUGACGACUGCAUUGCCCUGGGAGGUGUACUCAGUACCCCCUUGUCCAAGGACCAGAACGACCAACUCAGCGACUACAUCCACCUGAGCAUCGGCCCAGACGAGCAGAUCUGGCUGGGCAUCAGCGACAUGGUGACUGAGGGCAACUGGAUGGACCAGGCGGGCAACAGCAUCCUCUACAAGAACUGGGAUUCUGAAUCCAGAUCCCCAAAGACAGAUCGUUCCAAGAACUGUGCCAUCCUCUCAGAGGCCACUGGUGGGAAAUGGUUGGACAAGAACUGUCGUGAGGAGAAGGCCUCUGUCUGCGAGUUCAACAUAGUCUGAGGCAUGCCAUUUGUUAGCUGCAUUUCCCAUGCUUUAAUUAUAUUUUAUGUUCGCUACCAUGCAUUCUUUUCUACAAUGUACGCUUUGGUUUUAAAUUCAACCCCUGAAAAUGUAUAUUUUUGACCUUUUGGAACAAGUUACUGACACUUUUCUAGAGCUGAUACCCAGACAAAAAUGUUGGAGAAUUCUUUGUAUAACAUGGUGGUUUCGUGGACACAGAUUAAGGAUUAUCUAGGACUAUGAUUAAUCGGUGUCCAGCGAAACGUCCCAAUGACAAUAACACAUUUUCAUGUGAAUUUGCACAUCAUUUUGUACAAGUAUGAGAUCCUUACGUUACCAUCUAGAGCUAUGGUAGUUAAUCUGAUGCUUUCCUAUCUAAUUUACAACAAUUAUUUCAGAGAGCUAGCCUUUGAAUACUUGUUUGUUUUAUCACAAAAUGUCUAGCCUGAUAUUAACUGAACAAAUAUG